CUUCGGCCUAAGCUCCGAGCGCCGAAGCAGCUCCCCCCUCCGAGUCCGGCCGUGGCGACGGUAGCCGAAUAAAAAGCCGCAGAGCCCAGCAACCCCCAUAAAGAGGGAAAAACCCGUCACAGAAGCACACAGGGGAAGAAGGCGGCGAAGUGGAGAGAAGAGAGAAGAAGGAGGGAGAGGAACGCGAUGGCGUCGUCCGCGAUGUGGAAGGGCACGUUCAGCGGUGCGAACGUGUUCCUCUCCCGGAGCUUGGUUGCUCCCGAGGUGUUCGACGCCCUUCACGAUGCCCUCCGCCUCAACGGCGCCCAGGUCUUUCUCUGCUGCGACCCCUCCCGCUCCGGCCCUAACGACUACCACGUCAUUUCCUCCCCCGACCAUGAGAAGUUCGAGGAUCUGAGAGCCAAGGGUUGUAAUCUUCUGGGGCCACAAUGUAUCCUCUCUUGUGCCAAAGAAUGUCGGAUUUUGCCUAAACAAGGCUACACCUGUUGCCUUGCAAUGGAUGGAGUAAAAGUGCUUGCAUCUGGAUUUGAAAAGGAAGAAAAGGUUAAGAUUGAACAGCUAGUGACAGCUAUGGGUGGAGCAUUGCAUUCCAAAGCAUCUGUGGAUAUUAACUUUGUCAUUGUAAAGAAUGUUUUGGCUGCUAAGUACAAAUGGGCUUUAAAUGUUCUUAAGAAACCAAUUGUCAACAUGAGCUGGUUGACUCAAUGCUGGACCGAACAUCGUCUUGUGCCUCAAGAGACUCACAGGAUUCUCCCUUUUACUGGCUUGACUAUUUGUGUCACUAGGAUUCCUGCAGAUGAGAGGAAGGAGAUGGAAAAGCUAAUCAAACAGAAUGGUGGCCAUUAUUCAGCUGAUCUUACCAAGAAAUGCACUCAUUUGGUUUCAGAUGCUCCUGUGGGUGACAAAUACAUGGUUGCCGGAAGAUGGGGUCAUAUUCAUAUUGUUACCCGAAGAUGGAUUGAUCAAUCAAUUGCUCGAAAAGCUUGUCUAGACGAGGGACUAUAUCCUGUUCAUGGAAAUUCUGUUUCAUGUAAUGAGGUGAAAGGUUCCCAGAAGGAGCAAAAAUCCCAAGAUCACAGUACUACAACUUCACAACCUAUACCACCGACAAUGAUUGAGGAUCUAGAAGCUACUUUGUCACAAAACAUAUUAUCGUCAUUCUCGGACGCUACUAAGAUCAACAAUGAGGGCACUGAUUCACCUGCCUUAGAGACAAAGGAUGAAGCAAAGUUUGAAUCUCAUAUUGCUGAGGACUCUGAAACAGAAGAUAAUGACCUUUAUUUGUCAGAUUGCAGAAUUUUUCUGGUGGGUUUUGAGGAAAGGGAACUGUCUAAACUAGUCACUAUGAUACGUAAAGGCGGGGGUUCUCGACAUAUGUUAUUGAGUGAAAAGCUGACACACAUUAUAAUAGGUGCACCAUCAGAGGUUGAAAAGAGAGAGGUGAGGCGCUUAGCAGCUUGGGGUGUCAUCAAUGUGGUAAAGUCUACCUGGCUGGAAGAAUGUGAUCAGGCAAAGAAAGAAGUUCCUGUAUCCCCCAGGCAUAUUGCAUCUGAACUUCUUUUUUCAAAAGAUUCUACAUGCAUUCGUGUGGAGCCAUCUACAGAUGCUUGUGGUAUCAAGAAGGUGAAAAGCUUUGCUGGCGUUCCCCAUGUGCCGGUGGUUCAUGUUUCAGAGGAUAAGAAUUUUGAAGCAGAACCGUUAUUAGAAAGAAAAAGAGGAAAAGACAAGACUGAAAAUGGUUUAGGUGGCAGCAGCUCAGAGGAAUUAGCGACUAAAUCUGGACCAUCAAACCAUUUCCAUGCAGCAAAGAGUGUGAAUAAGGAUAGGUGCAAAUCUAGUUCUGGCACUAUGGAUGUUCAAAAUAUCAAAUCAUCAAAUAUAUUCAGGGGAAGAACAUUCUGUUUUUCAAUCUCGUUCCCUCAAGAUCGGAGGGCUCAGAUUAUUGAGUGGAUCAGGCAAGGAGGAGGUGUAAUAGUUGAUAAUCAACAUAAGAUGAAGGUGCAUUUCAUCAUUGAGCGCCAUGGUGUAUUGCAGAUUCGUCCAGAUGUUACUGAGUCUACUGUUGUUUCCACUCACUGGAUACGCUGUUGUUUAGAGGAGGGCUGCUUACAAGAUGUUGGGAGCCACAUUAUCUACUCUCCACUGCGCUGCCACAUUCCGCUGCCUGGGUUUGAAAGCCUCCGAUUCUGUGUCUCACAGUAUGAAGUGAAAGAUAGGCUAUUACUGAGAAAUCUGUGCUUUACUUUAGGGUCUCAAUUUACCGAAAAGCUGACUAAAAAGGUAACCCAUUUGUUAUGUAAGUUCGCCAGUGGUCCAAAGUAUGAGGCUGCCUGUAAUUGGGGGAUUCAAUCAGUUACCACUGAUUGGAUUACUGAGUGUAUUAAACAGGAUAUGAUGGUUGCUCUAGAUCCAUUUCGUCCAAAACCAGCUACUGCUCAGGACAGGGAAGCAGGUCUAUGCACCGUCAGUCAAUAUCCUACACAGGCAGCUUGUAUGGUUUCAGGAGGUGUUCCAUCUCGGUUGCUUGGUGAGUCCCAAGGGCCAAUGGAUAACUCAAAGAAGAAUUCUGGCAUUAUGAAUGACAGCCUCUGUGAAGAACCAGAACAUUUGAGUACUUUUGGCAAAAGGUCCAGGUUAUCAGAAUGUGUCAGUAGUGUUGAUGCAUCCAAGAAACACAAAGUACCAGAAAAUCUCAUGGGUGGUUCUAAUGCUGUUCCUGAUGUGGCAGAUGCCAUAGAGGACCUGCUAGCUCAAUCGUCUAAGAUCCAAGACUUGAAGUCACCUGGAAGAUCUGGCUGCGAUCGAAGUAUAUACUCACAUGAUCAUACUAUCCUUGGUCAAGAUAAUGAUAAUUCUCACUCAACCUUUGGGAUUUCACGGCAUUGGUUAAGCAGAAAUAUUAUUUCCCUGUAAAUACUGCAAGUUUGUGGUUCAAACCAGCAGCUGUUGAACAUGUUGCACAUUACAACAAUUCCUUAGAUGCAGUUUAUAGUGAUUAAGCAGGAGAAGGCAAGGAUAUCUUAUCUUGACUUGAGAAUCCCAUUUAUGUGCCUGCAUGUGUGUGCACUCACAUGCACAAACAUGUGCAUAUGCAUCCCAUCCGGGCAUGCAUGCACAUGCUUUUACACAUGCUCGCGCAUGUGCACUCAUUCGUGUGCAUGCGCGCGCGCACAGAGAGAGAGAGAGAGAGAUUAUAUCUUAUGCACAUUAGUGAAUUCUAUGUAAACUGGCUUUCUUUGCAAAAUAGGCUCCGAUUUUUAAUAUAAUCACAACCAGUUACACAAAUGAAGGAACUAUUGAAGGCUUUGGGCAUAUUUUGAUGUAAAAGACACUACUUCCCUGAUGUAAGUUGAAAGCAUAUGAAGUGUUAGAACUUAGAAGGUUGUGGAUAUUCUAUUUUGUAACUUGAGUGAGAAAUCCCUCUGAUCUUAUUUAGAAUCAUGAAAAAUUGCACAACGGAAGAAACUAUUAGAAGUUUUCAACACAGUUCUUGGUGUAAGAGACCAGAAUUUCCCACAGUGUAAAGAAAAGAAAAAUUGAUAUGCGAUUAGGAUAUUAGUAUUUUAGUCUGUUUCCUGAAUGAGAGAUCACUUCCAGUAAAAGAUGCAGCUAUUAGGAUUCAUUGUCAGUGUGCUUUAUUUUGAAAUUGUUUUUCAGUGUGAUAUAUGGUGAUGCAUAGAUGUGCUGCUGCAAAUUGCUUUAUUUUUGGAAUCUGAUGUCAUGAUAUUUGUUAAUGCAUAUAUAACUAGAAUUCUGUAAUAAACAAUUGUGGGUUUCUUUAUUAUGUUCCACUAUCAAUGAAGAAUUACUGGAUUGAAGUUUUGGCACCAUCUUAUCUGCCAUUUAUUUCUGUUGGUGAUACCUUUUGGUCUCUACAACGCUUCUGUUCACAAUAUUCCUACUCAAGUUACGUCUACAACCACAUUCUGUAAAAAAAUAAUCUCAUUUACUCUAUCCUUCUAUAAAUUGCAAGUUAAUGUUUUCUUGCUAAAAAGGUCAUGCAUUGCUUCUCUUCUACAACUCUGUCAUGUAUUUUUAUGCUUAAUGUCGCGGAGCUUCUGAUGAAUGAUCGCUAAAUUAGCAUAAUAUGGAAUGCGGCCUAAAACAUAUUUCCAUUCAUAGAUACUUGGAUCAUUUCUUCUCUUCAGUAUCUUUAAUCUAAUGAGCUUGGUGCCAGAGCAUAGAAUCUAACAUGUUAGGCUUGUAAAAGACCAUCUAACAUUGCAUUUACAUUCACUCUCACAUGCAAGCAAGCAAGCAUGCCUGCACACCAAAGAAAAAGCCCUAUGUGACAGUGGUCAAUCCUUUAAUCCAUGACAACUUAUUUGUUGCCUAACUGUGAUAUCGUUU